GGAGCUGAACGCCUGAGGUGAAGGAGCCAGAGUUUUCGGACCUGCCUUAUGACUCGGGAUUAGAGCUGGGCGUACGGGAGGACAGGGUGGGUGCUUUGCUGUGCACGCCUGGAUUUGAGGAUUUUGGGAGGCAGCCAUGUGUUUUCUUCUGGUUUUGGGACUCGUUGUGUUAUCCAGUUUGCAAAUUGUGGCCGAUUCGAACCGCUGCGAUGACCCGAGCGUAGUCCCUCACUCCACCGUGUGCACGUCAUGCGCCGCUGCACCUGCUAUCGUCUGCCCGCCAGGGUUCAGGAGAAACAGCGCCAACGCAGAGUGCCGCUACACGGUGCAGAUCGGUGAGCGUCGGAUGGAGUUGGCCGGCUGCUCGCGCUCCUGUGAGAAAAUCAGCACCGUAAAACGAUGCUGUCCGGGAUUUUUCGGGUCUCUGUGUUCACUGUGUCCGAGCUGGUCAGGGAAAGUGUGUAACUUUCAUGGUACCUGCAUGGACGGUGAUUCAGGGAACGGGACCUGUGUGUGUGAGGAGGGCUACACUGGUACGGCCUGUCAGAAAUGCUCCAAUGAGAAAGCAUACGGACAACACUGUGAAUCAGUGUGCAGUUGUGUGAAUGGAGAGUGUAACUCUGGUCCGGAUGGAGAUGGACGGUGCUUCUGUCAACCACCGUAUUCAGGACCGAAAUGUGACAAAGUUACGUCGUCCUGUUCGAACUGCCCGGCGUUUUCCUACUGUAAGGGAGAGGGGGCGAGUGCUGGGUGCGAAUGUCUUCCUCAUUUUAAGAAGGUUGGACUCAUCUGUGUAGGUAUUUGCACUGAAAACGACUGCGACCAGAACGGUGUGUGUUCGUACGACGGCGCCGGACGGUUCACUUGCACGUGCCGCACCGGCUUCGUGGGUGACGGCAAAUUCUGCCAUCCCAUCAACCCCUGCGCUCAGAAUAACGGGGGCUGCCCAACCGGAUCUACUGUUUGUAAAUAUACAGGCCCGGGUCAGUCAGAAUGUGUGUGUAUGAACGGGAUGGAGGGAUCGGACCCGCGGCUCGGGUGCACGCUCAAAUCCGCCUGUAAGGACGACACUUGCCACAGGAGUGCACAGUGCAUGACCGGUCAGGAUGGAAUAGCCAGGUGCGUUUGCAGCAGUGGGCAGAUCAGCGAUGGCAGGCGCUGUUAUGGUAACCUCAUGGAGCGGGUUUUAGACCUGGAUCAGGAAGGCAGCCAGGCGGGAAACCUCACCGGGAGCAUCUCGCUGUUCCAAAAAGGGUGUGAGCUUAUCCUGAGCAAGCAUGGCCCUUUUACAGCCUUCGUCCCAGUGGAUACAUCACAGAUACCUGUGGGCAAACUCAACCAGCUGGCCAGUGUAGAAGCCAUUUGCAAACAGCAUCUCAUUCUCGGUCAGCAUCUUUACAAAGAUUUGGAAGGCUGGGACCUGUGGACGUACGGCGGAGAAAGUAUCCGAUUUAAAACGAAUAAGCAAUUCAUUUUAAAGAAGGAUCCGGAUACGGUGUUCAGGAUAAUCCAGAGUGACAUCCCAGCGUCCAAUGGAAUUAUUCAUAUAGUGGAUAAAGCCAUCACGUUUACUACCGCAGGCGCUUCAGACAACAGUCAGUUUUCUACAAAGACCAUCAGGGACAUUCUCACAGAAGACCCCAGAUUCAAUCGAUUCAUAUCUCUGAUUGACAACUGCGGAGCUCCGAUACCCCUCAGAGGUCCGGGGUCGCUUACGGUCUUCGCUCCGACCAACAAUGCGGUGGACAGAGCCAGAGACGGGAGCAUUAUAUACAUGCUGCAUGAAGCCAAGCACAAACUUCAGGAGCUGGUGAAGCACCACAUCUUCUCUCAGGCCGCAAUGACUGUGGACCAGUUGGCGAGUAUGACCGAGAUACAAACCAUGGCUAAUCAGGUCGUAACGGUCAACGUCACCGGUGAUGGACGAGUGUUACUGACUGAAAAAGGAAUUGCUCUGGAAAUGAAAGAUAUUGUUGCAUCCAACGGGAUCAUUCACAUGAUCGAUGGACUUCUUGUGCCACCCUCCAUCGUUCCCAUCAUGCCCCAUCGAUGUGAUGUUAACGAGUCCACCAUCGUCAUGAGUCCGUGUGUGCAGUGCAGCUACAUUUCUGAGUCGCUCUGUCCACCGGGAAGUGAAGAAAUGCCUGAUCGUGUUCAGAACUGCGAGCCUCCAUCUGAUCCACGCUGGAGUGAGUUCAUUACAGUGCCAGGCUGUGCCAAAUACUGCCGCGUCACUCGAAAGAGGGCGGAGUGCUGUAAGGGUUUCUAUGGCCCGGACUGUAAACCCUGCAUUGGAGGUUUCCAAAACCCUUGUUACGACAAAGGCAUCUGUUCUGAUGGCAUUCUCGGUGAUGGUUCAUGUAAGUGUAACCCUGGGUUUAAGGGUGUGGCCUGCCACAUCUGUACAGACCCCAACAAACAUGGAGAAAACUGUAAUGAAGAUUGCCGCUGUGUCCACGGCGUGUGUGAUAACAGGCCAGAGAGUAACGGGGUGUGCCGGAGGAACUCCUGCCAGCAGGGGCACUCGGGCGAGCUGUGUGAUCAAGUGAUCACGCUCUGCGAUUCGGGCGCCAGCUUCGAAAAGUGCCACAUCCAUGCCUACUGCACACGUACAGAGAACGGAAACAUGUGUGUGUGUAAGGCUGGAUAUGAAGGUGAUGGGUCGUCCUGCGCUGAAGCGAACCUCUGUCUCAAACCAGACCGGGGAGGCUGCAGCAUAAACGCGCAGUGUGUAUACGCGGGCCCUGGAAACGUAUCGUGUGUGUGUAACGAGGGCUGGACGGGUGACGGGGUCGUGUGUGUGGAAAUCAACAACUGUUUACUGGAAAAUCGAGGCGGGUGUCACAAAGAUGCUGAGUGUACUCCCACCGGCCCCGGCCAGAGUGAAUGUGUGUGUAAGAAAGGCUAUAUGGGAGACGGUCUGGUGUGUCAGAUUGUAAAUCCCUGUCUGACUGACAACGGCGGCUGCAACAAACUGGCAGCGUGUUCAUUUAAUAAUGAAACACGACUCUGCACUUGUCCGGGCGGUUAUGAAGGAGACGGACUCACCUGCUAUGGGAAUAUGCUGGUGGAAAUAGAUGGAAACUCUGAUUUCUUCCCCUUUAACCUCUACCUGGAAAGACACCCGGUGAUCAGUGACGUGAGAAACGUGACCGCUUUAAUUCCCACCAAGGCUGCGUUUAAAAACCUGACAGCCGAGGAGGAAAGGUUCUGGACUGAUUAUUACAGACUUCCUUACGUUCUGAAAGCUCAUUUUCUGGACGGCGUUUAUUCGUAUGAAGACUUGAAGAAACAAGUAAAUCAAAAGGUCGCGACCAAAUCCAAGACGAAAUGGACAGUGACAGAUAAAGACGGGGAGCUCAUGAUUGGUGAGGCUGCUGUUCUAGUCCCAGAUCUCAAAGUAAUCAACGGCUACAUUCACAUCAUCAGCACGGUUUUAAAGCCUCCUCUUUCAGAUGUCCCCGAACCUCCACCAGAUCUGAUGGAGGUCCUCAAUAACACCCCCUCAUUCAGCCUGUUUAGGGAGGCAGUUCUGCUCGAGAACAUAACUAAACUCAUUUCAUCGAGGGAUUUUACCGUCUUUAUUCCACCUGACAGCGCAGUAAGAGAAUACCUGGGGAAAACCAAUGCUACUAAACUGGAUGAGAACGUGGUGAAAUAUCACUUUGUUCCGAGGGAGCAGCUUUUACCUGAACACUUGACUGAUGGGAUGUUGAGGAACACACUGCUCGGGAACGCUUAUCAAAUAAUGAUCCAUUUUAAUGAUAAAAACGAGACCCUCGUUAAUGACGUACCGCUUGACGGGAACUUCACAGAGAUCAGGCACGGCGUGGUUCUGACGGUCCCCCGUGUUUUAGAGAUCCACAAAAACCAUUGCAGCAAAGACAUCUUCCUGAAAGCCGUUGGAAGGUGCGUCGCGUGUGAUUCAUCUCCCAAAUGCACCUUCAACGCCAAGCCUGUCAAAGCUGCUUUUCCUGUAAAUAUGAAGUCCAACUGUAAAUACAGGAAGAAAGUAGGAAGAAAGAGGAAAAUGGUACCAGGAUGCAUGAUGGACUGCUUACGGAUCACACAGGAUCACUCCUGUUGUCCAGGAUACUUUGGGCGUGACUGCUUCAAAUGUCCAGGCCAGGUGGACAACUGGUGCUCGAACAACGGCAGAUGCCAGGACGGCGUUUUGGGAAACGGGGAGUGUCUCUGUAACGAAGGUUUUCACGGCACGGCAUGUGAGAUGUGUGAGCCUGGACGAUACGGCAAGGACUGCAAGUCAGAAUGCCACUGUGACCACGGAAAAUGUCUGGACGGCCUGGACGGGAGCGGUCAGUGCGUCUGCUACAAGGGCUGGAAGGGAGUGAACUGUUCUGUAGAGAUCGUUAACGAUGAAUGCGGAGGCAUUUGUGACGAAAAUGCCAAUUGCGCGUCGCCGACACCAGGAGAAAAACCCACGUGUAUUUGUACCGCAGGUUACCAUGGAAACGGCACCUCCUGCCAAGAAAUCAGUUUAUGUCGCGUCCAAAACGGCGGCUGCUCCGAACACGCGACCUGCACGGCGAUCUCACCCGGAGAGCGAAGCUGCACGUGUAAGGACGGCUACACCGGAGACGGAACUGUGUGUCUGGAGAUCGACCCAUGCCUCGUUAACAACGGAGGAUGUUUGGAAAAUACUGAUUGUAUUAAAACUGGACCAAACAAAGCUGCGUGUGUUUGUAAACCAGGCUACGUUGCACAAAGACGUUUAUGUUUUCCCAUAAACCCCUGCUUAAAGGAGCACGGAGGCUGCAGCCCUAACGCCAUGUGUACCUACAUGAGGCCGGGUGAGAGGAACUGUACGUGUCGCUUCGGCUACAUAGGAGACGGCGAGGCCUGCGCCGGCACUGUCUCUAGAGAGCUUCUUCACAAGCCAGAAGCUUCUUGGAUCAGGAAAAAUUUAGGAGAUUCAAAAGUCCGUGAUCUGUACGGUAAAGGACCGUUUACUGUGUUCGUCCCUCACACUGACCACAUUGGAAACUACUCGACGGAUCUAUGGCUAAAUAAAGGCCGCGCCCCGGACCUGCUCAGGUACCACAUCGUGGGCUGUGAUCAGCUCUCCGAAUCUGAGCUCAAGUCCGUCUCGAGGGUGGUGGCCUUCUCCGGGCACGUCCUGAACUUCAGCGUACGAGACGGUGCCGUGUACAUCAACGGUGACACAAAAAUCAUCACCAGCGAUUACGAAUGCUCUAACGGGAUCAUACAUUUCAUAGACAAAGUCCUCGUCCCGUACCAAGUCACAAACAAGACCGACUCUGUCUCUGACUCGUUGAACGUUACUGCUGCAGCGGAGGUGUUCGGGUACGGCACGUUCAGCAGGUUGAUACAGAAAGCCAACCUGAUGGGAAUGCUGCAGAUGAAAAUGUUCCAUCCCUUCACCAUGUUCUGGCCCACCGAUAAUGCCUUCGACAGUCUUCCAGAGGAGCAGAAGAAGUGGCUGUACAGUGACGAUCAUCUUGACAAGCUGCAGGCGUAUAUGAAAGCUCAUAUCAUUCGGGACCAGCGAAUGACCGCUAGCGCUUUGCCGGCAGAGAAAUCUGUCCGAACGAUGUACGGAUCACAACUGACUUUCAGCUGCAGCAAAGAUCAAACCGGUGACAUAUUCAUCAAUGGAAAUGAUGCCAAGCUGGUAGGGCGCCACAUGCAGUUCUCGGUGGGAAUCGCUCACGGGAUCGACAAGGUCCUCGAACCCCCGAACAUCGGCGCACACUGUGAUAACUUUACAAAGACGGAGAUUUCGGGUCGAUGUGGAUCUUGUACUUUUCCACCUACUUGUCCCUAUAACACCGAGUACGCUAACAAAACCAGCCUGUGCAGACGACAGCUGUAUCCCUACAGACGUUACUCAAUGUUUGAGGACUUCGGGCCCUACGGGUACAGAACUUUCGGCUGUAACCGAGUGUGCAAGCAAACCUCCUGGGUUUCUAAGUGCUGUAAGAAUCACUACGGGCGAAACUGUCAGGUGUGUCCCGGAGGCUUGGAGGCACCAUGUGGAGAACACGGAGAUUGUGAUGAUGGGAAAAUUGGAACAGGGAAAUGUAAAUGCCACUUUGGAUUUAAAGGGACAGCGUGCGAGCUGUGCGUAAAGAACCGCUACGGUCCGAACUGCACAGCUUGUAACUGUACCAGUAACGGGAAAUGUGACGAAGGUAUAGAUGGUGAUGGCAGCUGUUUCUGUCAAGAGGGCUGGACGGGAACAUGGUGCGAGUCCAAAAUAGUUGUGAAGCCUGUUUGUUCCCCCGAGUGUGAUACCAACGCAGUGUGCCAGCCUGAGAACCAGUGUGACUGUGUACCACCAUAUGAAGGAAACGGCCGCAACUGCACAGCUCCUGAUCUGUGUGACGAAUAUAACAGCGGCUGCCACCAGCAGGCUGAUUGCACACAGACCGGGAUCAGCGUGAACUGCUCCUGUAAAGUGGGCUACGCCGGAGACGGAUACGCCUGCUCCCCCAUCAACCGCUGUGUGGAGGAAACCAACGGGGGCUGUAGCGAUUUCGCCAACUGCAUUUUCACUGGACCUAAUGAGCGGCGGUGCGAGUGUCUGCCGGGGUACGUGGGUAACGGAGUCCAGUGCUUCGAGAAAGUGGUGCCCCCUGUGGAUCGCUGUCUGGAGGACAACGGAGACUGUGAUGCCAACGCCGUCUGCAAAGACCUUCAUUUUCACACUAAAACUGCAGGCGUCUUCCACCUGAGGUUACCAGCAGGAAAGUACAUGAUGAACUACAGCACAGCGGAGGCGUCCUGCAAAGCCGAGGAGGCCACGCUCGCCACGCUCCCUCAGCUCUCUGACGCCCAGCAGUUGGGGAUGCACUUAUGUGUGGCUGGAUGGAUCGCUGGUAAAAAGGUGGGUUACCCGACCCGCUACCCCUCCUUGAAAUGUGGCGACAACCACGUGGGCGUAGUCCUGUACAAAGAUCCGGUGGAUGUAAGCACCCCGUACGACGCCUACUGCUACAGACUGAGAGAGGUGAAGUGUGAAUGUGGACCUGGUUAUACUGGAGACGGAGAAUUCUGUAACGGGAAUCUGAUGUCGGUCAUCGCAACGUCAGGAAAUUUCUCUGUAUUUUACACCACGUUAGUAAAAUAUGCAGAGUCGACAGAGGAGGGCAGGAAUCUCAUGGACUUCCUGGGGACCGCGUCAUCCAACACGACGCUUUUUGUGCCACAUAACACUGGAUUCUCAGCAAACAAGACUCUGUCCUGGAGGGACGUGGAAUACCACAUCUCCACCAACAACAGCCUUCACUUCUACCAGGAUCUGAAGCACAACACGAGCGUCCCGUCUCGGCUGGGUUACGCCCUGAAGGUCGCCAUACAGCCAGCCAACAGCACACAGGCUGAAGACGCCCCACCAGUUAAACUGGUGAAUCAGCAGCUCAUACUAGCUUGGGAUAUUCCAGCCAUCAACGGCCUGAUCCACGUCAUCCAGGGGCCGCUAAGAGCUCCGCCCGUCAUUGUGAUUCCACCGGCCCCGUCAGCAGCCCACUCACAGUCCAGCACUUCAGCUGUGACCGCCGUCCUGGUGGUCGUCGUUCUCGGGAGCGUCGUAGCUGGUGUAGUGUAUUAUUUACUGAAACACAAACACGACGCCUUUCGAUUCCAGUAUUUUAAGAAUGAAGAUGAGGACGGUACCUCGUCGAAGGCUGGUUCCAAUCCCAUCAUAUCCAUCCCCAAUCCUUUAUACAGCGGCUACAGGGCCUUCGCCGAGCCAUUCGAGGAAGGAGAACAAUGUGAAUCACCUGCCACCGAGGAUUCACCCGCAGCGGAGAUUCCAAACCUCAUGGACUAGCGAGUUCUCUUCCUUCAACCCGACGUUCUGUGUGAAACGUUUUCUCUACAAUCAAGUGUUAAUUAGCUUCUGCUAACCGUCAGUCCUGUGUAUGAAUUAAAGUCUGAUUCAGGAAGUA